AUGACGGGGAAGGCGCUGGGUGACGUGUGUCGAGGCGGUCCGGGCGACAGUCGGCCGCCCCCGCACCCGCCCCCGCCCGGGGCCGGCCCGCCCUCCGACAGCCGCCCACAAAAAGCAUUGUGCCGCGACCGGCCGGGUGCCUCGGGGGCGGCUGAAAUAACACGGCCGGGCGCGGCCGUCGGCUGCCGGCGCCUUCUGGAGAGGUGGAGCGAGGCGCCGCCCUCGGCUGCCGGGUCCAUGGCGCCCUCAUCCGGCGCCCGGCCGCGGCGCCCACGGCCGGCGCCCUGGCUAAUAACACAGCUGCUGCUGCUGGCUGCUGGAUGCCGGCUGGGCGCUGCCACGGCGGCCGACGACGAAUGGACGCUGCAGUUCACUCAGUCCUUCUAUAACGCCUCCAUCUAUGAGAAUAACGUCGGAAAGGAGUACGUCAUCAGCGAUGAACCCAUGGGGCUGCGUGUGCCGGAGGAUCAACUCGGCACAGAGAUUAGGUUCAAGAUAAUCGACGGCGACCCGGACAGCUUCUUCAAGGUGCAGCAGCAGGUGGUUGGAGACUUCUGCUUCCUCCGCGUCCGAACGCGCACAAACGGAGGAGAUGUGCUGAACCGAGAGCGUCAGUCGCACUUCCGUCUGAAGGUUCGGGCGGCGGCGCGUGGCUGGAGGAGGCCCGGCGGUCGCCAGCCGGCCUACACGGAGGUACUGGUCCGUGUGCUGGACAGGAACGACCUGAGCCCGUGGUUCGACCAGGUUUCCUACGACGUGGAGGUGCCUGAGGACCUGCCCGUGCACGGGCUCGUCACAAAGCUGCACGCCGACGAUGCCGACGCCGGCAUCAACGGCAUGGUCUACUACAGCCUCAAGGAGGACGAGCCGCAGUUCGCCAUGGAGCCCAGCACAGGCCGCCUGACGCUGGCACGGCGCCUCAACCACCGGCAGCGGCCCGAGUUUCAGCUGACGGCCGUGGCGCGCGACCGCGGCCGCAAGGACGGUCCCGGCGUGCCUGGCGAGGCGCCGCUCAUGAUCAGAGUGCGGCCCGUGAACCUGUUCGACCCGGUGAUGCGGGUGACUCACCUGUCCGAGGUGGUGGAGCACUCCAGUAUGGACGUGUACGCCAUCAUCCACGCCAGUGAUCAGGACGAGGGAGAGCACGGCCGGGUGGCCAGUGUGCGGAUUGUGGACGGCGACCCGCAGCGGCGCUUCCGCGUGCUGCCCGGCUCGGCGGUCGGAGAGUGGCUGGUCGGUGUCUCGGAGCCGCUGGAUCGAGAGAGCGCUCCGCACGGGUUUAACCUGACCCUCAACGCCACCGACGCGGGCACUCCGCCGCGCUCGUCGGGUCUAUCAGUGCGAGUACGGGUGACCGACUUCAACGACCACGCGCCGGCGUUCACCCACGAGGCGUACGACGUGACCGUGCCGGAGUCGGCUCUGGCGCACACGCCGCUGGUCCGACUGCGGGCCAGCGACUCGGACAGCGGCCUGAACGCCCAGGUACGCUACGCCAUCGCGGCCGGCAACGAGGGCGGCGAGUUCUCCAUCAACUCGGACACCGGUCUGCUCUCACUGGCCCGGCCGCUGGACGCCGAGACCAAGGCGACCAAGGCGUUCUACGCGCUCACGGUGUCGGCGCUGGACCAGGGCAGCGGCGGCCGGCAGAGGCAGGGCUCGGCGCGUGUUACUGUCACCGUUACUGACGAGAACGAUAACGCGCCGCGGUUUGUCACGCCCAACACCCAGGCAGCCGUGGAUGAGAACGAGCCGGCCGACCAUCACGUGACGAGCGUGACUUGUGAGGACGGGGACCAGAGCGAGAACGCUUUCCUCUCGUACUCGAUCGCCAACACGGAGCCAGUGCCGUUCAUCAUCAACCACUUUGACGGAACCAUCAGCACGUCUCAGGUGCUGGACUAUGAGACAGAGCGGCGCCGGUACAUUCUGCGAGUGCGCUGCUCCGACUGGGGCAAACCGUACCGCUGGCAGACCGAGACGACCGUCACCGUUCGACUGCGAAACGUCAACGAUAAUCGACCCCAGUUUGAGAAGGUGGACUGCCACGGACGGCUGUGGCGCCGCGCCGCCAUCGGGACCGAGAUCAUGGUCCUGUCGGCCAUCGACUUUGACGACGGAGCGGCGGUCAGCUACCGACUCGUGUCUGGCAACGAGGACAGCUGCUUCGAGCUGGACGAGCGGAGCGGCUCGCUGCGUGUCGCCUGUGACCUGACCGACCUGCCGAGCGACCAGCGCAAACUGGGCGUGAUGGCCAACGACGGCCAGCACUUCUCAGACGAGACCCAGCUGCGGCUCCAGCUGGUGGGUGACGGUGCGCCGCAUGGAGCCAGCGUGCGGCUCGAGUGUAAGGACACGGGCGUGGCGGGUCGCUACCGCGAGCUGCUGGCCACAGCCGAGAGGAACAACAGAGAGGAGGACCCGUACACGGAGGUCUCCUCGAGCCGGUACGGCACCAACUACCACCGGCCGCAGCUGUCGGCGCGGCCCGACGGCGAGCUGCACGUCAGCGAGGACGCCCGACUGGGCACCGACGUGGUCAGCGUCAUCGGCCACGACAAGGACCUCGGCUUCAACGGCCUGCUGGUGUUCGCCAUCACCGAGGGCGACCAGGACUCCGUGUUCGACAUCGAUAUGGACACGGGGAAGAUCACGAUCGCCGGCCGGCUGGAUCGGGAGAGGGCUCCGACGUACCGGCUCAACGUGACGGCGUGUGACCGCGGCCAGCCCCAGCUCUGUGCCGCCCUGCCGCUUAUCGUUCACAUCCUUGAUGUUAACGAUAACGCGCCCAAAUUGGAGAGGGACUCGUUCACCUUCUUCUACCCGGAGACGCGCAAGGCUGGACAGAUGGUGGUCCAGCUGAACGCCUCCGAUCCUGACGAGGGUGCCAACGGCCGCGUGUCCUACCACUUGCUGACCGACACGGACGACUUUGCCGUCAACUCGGAGACGGGUCUGGUCACUCAGGUGGGCGCCCUGGACCGGGAACGUCAGAGCAGCUACGAGCUGCGCGUGGCGGCGCGGGACGGUGCUGCUGACCGACCGCUGUCUUCACACGCCGUCAUCCACAUCGACGUGCUAGACGUGAACGAUAACCCGCCGCGUUUCUCGCGGUCAGUGUACAGAGUGCGCGCCAGUGAGGACCUGCCCGUUGGCGCCGUGGUGGCGCAGCUCGAGGCGCGCGAUCCGGACCGACCAGAGGCCGAGGAGCCAGUCCAGUACCGGGUGGUGACCGGCGGACACGGCCGGUUCGGCGUCGACCGGCGCUCGGGCGCCGUGCGGCUGCUCGAGCCGCUCGACUUUGAGCGCCGCCAGAGCUACAACGUGACGAUCGAGGCGCGGGACGACGGGUCGCCGCCGCUGACGGCCGUCGCCUACCUGUUCGUGCAGGUAGUCGAUGUCAAUGAGAACUACUUUGCGCCGUCGUUCCGCGGCGCCGUGGCCGUGUCGGGCUCUGUGCGCGAGGGCCUGCCGCCGGGCACGUUUGUGCUGGCUGUGAGAGCCACGGACGCCGACCCGGACGGACCCAACUCGGAGGUGACCUACUCGAUCCGCGGCGGCAACGGGCUCGGCCACUUCACCAUCAACCAGACCGGUAUCUACACGAGGGACGUGCUGGAUCGAGAGAGCCGCUCCAGCUACUGGCUGACCGUGUACGCCAAGGACGGCGGCGCCGUGCCGCUCUCGGCGCGCAUUGAGGUGUACAUCGAGGUGGAUGACGUUAACGACAACUGUCCACUGACCUCCGAGCCGGUGUACCACGCCGAGGUGCUGGAGAACUCCCCUGCCGGUACGCACGUGGCGCGUGUCACCGCCACCGACAGGGACGGUGACGGGCCGCUCACCUACUCCAUAGCGGCCGGAAACCCGCAGAGCCUCUUCAGUAUCAACUCGAAAACAGGAGAGAUCACGACAACGCGAAGAAAGCUGGAUAGGGAAACUCAGGAACGGUAUAUUCUUGAGGUGGCGGUGGCGGACUGGGGCGUCCCGCAGGCGCUGACCUCCACGGCCCGGGUCAAGGUCACUGUUCUGGAUGAGAACGACUCACCGCCCGUGUUUCCCGAGCGGUUGUACCGGGUACAGGUGCCGCUGGGACCGGCGCUGCGCCGACCCAAUGCCACCAUUUUCCAGGUGACGGCGGAGGACGCCGAUGCUGGUGUGAACGCCGAGCUGCGCUACUCGGUGGUGGCGACGGACGGUGUGCGGAUGGACAUCGAGCCGCGCCUGGGACAGCUGCGCCUGCCGCCCGACUCGGCCGGACAGCUCACCGCCGGAAAACACGCGCUCACCGUGAAGGCCACGGACGGCGGCUCGCCGGCCAAGUCCUCCGUGACGCGCGUGCUGCUGGACGUGCUGCCGGAGCAGCCGGCGGCGCCGUACCCGCCGCGCGUGAUGCUGCCCUCGGAGACGGUGCAGGUGUUCGAGACGGAGCCGGUUGGACAUCUGGUGCAGUUCGCGGCGGCCAACACCACCGUCCUCUUCAGCAUUGUCGGCGGGAACACGGGCGGCAGCUUUAGCGUGAACAGUCCGGGAGGCAUCGUGAUCGCGCGGCCGCUGGACUGGGAGACGACGCCGGAGUACACGCUGAACAUCUCGGCCACGGACGGACACCACGUCAUCUAUACGCCGCUCCACAUCUCUGUGAUGGACCUGAACGACCGCGAGCCGACCCUGAGCCAGCGGCUGUACUCGGUGAACGUCUCGGAGGCUGCCGAGCCGGGCCGGCGGCUGGUCAGUGUGGCCGCCCACGAUCCGGACGGCGAGGCCACGCUCUACUACGGCCUGGAGGCGGCGCAGAGCGAGCGCUCCCUGCAGCUGUUUGCCAUCGACUCGCUGAGCGGACGAGUCACCGUGGCCGAGCGACUCGACAGAGAGACGGAGCACGAGCACGUGCUGACGGUCUCAGUGCGCGACCAGGGCACGCCGGCGCGGCGCGACUACGCCCGGCUGCUGAUCCACGUGACCGACGAGAACGACCACGGUCCGACGUUCCUCAGCGACCUGGUGGUGGGCCAGGUGCCCGAGACUGCUGCCGAGGGCACCCAGGUGGUCACCGUGCUGGCCACGGACCGCGACCACGGCGAGAACGCGCGCGUCACAUACUCCAUACAGUCCGGUAACGUGGACAACGCGUUCCGCGUGGACCCCGUGCAGGGCACGGUGGAGGUGGCCACGGCUCUGGACCGGCGCCGGACCAGCGAGUACAUCUUGACCGUGCGGGCCAGCGACGCCGGCCGACCGCCGCGACAUGCCGAGGUGCACGUCAACAUCAUCGUCACGCUGCCGGACAACGCGCCGCCUCGCUUCGAGAAGGCCGAGUACGGUGCUGAGGUCGAGGAGGACUGGGAGCCGGGCACCCACGUGCUGGACGUGAUGGCCCACUGUAAGACGGCGCUCAUCUACCGGCUGGUCGGAGGGAAUGAGGACGGCGCGUUCCUCCUCAAUCCCGGCGCCGGGGUGGUGACCGUCAACGAGAGACUCGACUACGAGCGGAGGACCUGGUACAACCUCUCCAUCCAGGCCGUCAGCAUGGUCGGCGAGGUGGCACACACUAGCGUCAUCAUCCACGUGCUGGAUGUGAACGACAAUGCGCCGCGACUGGAGCAGGCGUCCUACGCGGGUCGCGUGCUCGAGUCGGCGCCGGUCGGCUCGGCCGUUCUGUCCGCCACCGACGGACAGCCGCUGGUGGUCACUGCCAUCGAUACCGACGAUAACAGCAACGGGAGACUCGAGUACAGCAUCGUGGAGACGGCCGUGAGACGCUACAUCAGCAUCGACGCCGACUCCGGCGUGCUGCGGACGGCGGCGUCGCUGGACCACGAGACCCGCUCCGAGUUCGAGUUCACGGUGGACGUCUGGGACCGCGGCCGUCCGCGUCUGCAGGCCGUCCGACCGGCCCGCGUCAAAAUCACCGUACUCGACGUCAACGACGAGUCCCCGCAGUUCUCCCACGCCCAGUACAACUUCACCGUGCUGACGCCCAGCUAUGACGGCGUGGAAGUCGGCGUCGUCACGGCCGCCGAUCCUGACACGGCGAAUCUCAGCUACUCUCUGUCCGGCGCCGACGCCUCUCUGUUCUCCCUGGACCCCGACUCGGGCUCACUGCGGGUGCUGCGGGCCGAGUCAGUGCGUCCGCUGGCCAAUGUCACGGUCACCGCCUCGGACGGAGCGCACAACGCCAGCACGGCGGUGGUGGUCCGCAGCAGGGAGGUGGCCAGCAGGGGGCUGGUCUUCACCAAACAGCACUUUUACGGCGAGGUGCGCGAGAACAGCUCGCGCGUCGAUAUCGUCGCGUCGCUGUCGGUGCGAGGAAACCAGCUGAUGGAGCACCUGGAAUUCCGGAUCCUCAACCCGUCGCCGUAUUUUAGCAUCACCCGCACGGCGGGCGUGGUGCGGACCACCGGUCUGGUCCUGGACCGCGAGCAGCAGGACCAGCACGUGCUGGCGGUCCAGGUCCGCAGCGACCGGGACGGACGGGUGGCUCACACCCUGCUCCACUGUACUGUGAUGGAUGUGAACGACAACCGACCCGUGUUCGUGGGACAGCCCUACCACGCCGUGGUGGCCGUGGACGCGUCGGCAGGAGCGCCCGUCACUAAGGUGACGGCCGUGGACGCUGACCUGGGUGAGAACGGCCAGGUGCACUACGACCUGCUCCGAGGGAACGGUGACCUGUUCGCGGUUGACCAGCUGAGUGGGGCCAUCACACUGCGCCGCAGCCCCCGCGGAAUGGACACCGCCUUCAGGCUGGUGGUUACCGCGUAUGACGGAGGCUCCCCGCCUCUCUCCUCUGAGGUGGAGGUGCUUGUGACCACUGUGGACGGCACACAGCCCCGCUUCUCCCAGCCGCACUACUGGGCGCGCGUCUCGGAGGCUGCCGAGCGGCGCACGCCCGUGCUGACCGUGGAGGCGGCGGCGCCCUCACCGUCGGCCGCCGCUCAGCUCGGCUCGCCGCUCGUCUUCCAGCUGAGCUCGGCAGAGCAGCCGGUGCUGUUUGAUGUGGAUUUCACCACAGGCGUCCUUUACGUGACCGGUGAGCUGGACUACGAGACAUCCUCUCGUCACCAGCUGACCGUCACGGCCACGGACCGCGUCACGGGCUCCGUGACGUCCGUGCCCGUCACGGUGAACGUCACGGAUGCUAACGAUAACGCGCCGCAGUUCGAGCAGCUGACGUACUCUGUGACGGCAAGCGAGGCGGUCCAGCCGGGCGUGCGUCUUAUGACCGUCACAGCCACCGAUAGAGACGAAGACUCUGGCCGGCCGCUGAUCUACCGCGUUCAGAAGGCUGACGGCUCGGAGAGCUUCCUGUUCCACAUGUCUGCGGACGGCGGCCUGAUGGUCCGGAGCUACCUGGACUACGAGCUGGAGAGAUCUCACCGACUGGUGCUCACAGUGUCUGACGACGGAUCGCCGCCGCUCACCGGCACAGCGCAGCUCACAGUUAAUGUUGAGGACAUUAACGACAAUAUGCCGACGUUCGAGCGUGCCAGCUACCACUGUCGGCUGACGGAGCUGCCCGUACGGGGCCAGUUCGUCACCAUGGUCAGCGCCCACGACCCGGACAACGGAGACGUGAUCACCUACCGCAUCGCCGACGGCAACGACAGGCAGAUGUUCUACAUCAACAAACGCACAGGUGUGAUUACGGUGGCGAAUAUCCGCGCGUUCGGCGACUCAGCCGAGUACCACCUGAACAUCAGUGCUGCCGACGGGGUGCACCACACCUACGUGCCGCUGGUCGUCGAGCUGCUGCCCGCCAACAAGCACGCGCCGGCGUUCGACAAGGUGGCCUACGAGACGGACGUGCGUGAGGACGUGUCCAGCGGUACAGAGGUGGUGCGGGUGCGCGCCGUGGACCCGGACCGCGGCCUGUUCGGUCAGGUCACCUACAGCAUCCCGUCCGACGUCUGGAGGGAGGUGUUCACCAUCAACGCUACCACCGGUGUGGUGAGUACCCGGCAGCUGCUGGACCGCGAGGCGCGGCCGCUGCUCGAGUUCUCCGUGUGGGCCACGGACGGCGGCCACCGGUCCGACCACGCCACCGUCAAACUGAGACUGACCGACGUCAAUGACAACCUGCCGCGCUUCCAGCUGGAGGAGUACCGCGCCACCGUCGGGCCGGACAGCUCGGCCGGCGAUGUGGUCUGCAAGGUGUUUGCCUCUGACGCUGACGAGGGCGAUAACGCCAGAAUAGCCUACUCCAUCUACGAGACGGAGAAAUCCGACAUUCGCAAGGUGUUCGACAUUAACACGGAUACCGGAGAGAUUAUCCUGAUGCAGCAGCCCGCCGAGCUUGAAUCGGCCGUGUACCAGCUGUUUGUGCGCGCCACGGACGGCGGCUCGGAGCCCCUGGUGGCGGAUGUGCCUGUCGACGUGGUGGUACUGGCAGACAGCCAGGGCCUGCCUGUGUUCGACCCGCUCCGCACCGGGCCGCAGGGGCUCUUCCUCAAGGAGAGCGACCCCGUCGGUACGCGCAUCACGUCGGUACAGGCUCGCGGCACCGGCACGCUCACCUACUCUGUGGUAUCUGUACACAAUGAGCCGUCGGCUGAUAUGUUCGAGGUGGACGCCGACGGGCAGCUGAUCCUCGCCAAAAGUCUGGACAGGGAGUCGGUGGACAGGUACAACAUCACGAUCGCCGCCCGCUCGGACGCGCUGCCGCCGCUGGUGGCCUACUCGCACCUGAUGCUCUCCGUGAUGGACGCUAACGACAACGAGCCCGUGUUUGACGCUCAGGUGUACAGCGGUACCGUGCGCGAGGGACUGCCGGCCGGUACUCGGGCGCUGCAGGUGUCCGCCUCGGACCCGGACAUCUCCUCGAGCGGCCAGGUACGCUACCGUCUGUCGGCCGACUCCGGUCACCUGCACUCGGUGCUGGCCGUGGACGAACGCUACGGCUGGGUGACCACGCUCCGGCCGCUGGACAGAGAGACCCAGGACACCUACCGGCUGUCUGUGGUCGCCACCGAUAGAGGCUCGCCGCGCCGCUCGGCCACCGCCAGUGUGGUGAUCACAGUGGCCGACGAGAACGACUCACCGCCCGUGUUCGAACGCUCGCGGUACGUGGCCGUGGUCAAUGAGGACGCCCUGCCUCGCACGGCCAUCAUGAGACUGAGCACGAGCGACGCGGACGAGAUCACCGAACCGGUGCGGUUCUACAUCACCGCUGGCGACCCGCACACCCAGUUCGAGAUCGUCUCGAGCGGCUCCAACAGCGGUGAGCUGUUUGUUCUGGGCACACUGGACCGGGAGACGGUGCCCAGUUACGAUCUGGCCGUGACGGCCACCGACGGCUCCCAAGUGGCCACCACUGUCGUACACAUCGACGUACUGGAUGCCAAUGACAACGCGCCGGAGUGUGAGGAGGAGCACUACCAGGUGACUCUGAGCGAGGCGGCGCCUCCGCAGCACGUACUCACUGUGCGCGCGACGGACGCCGACGAUAGUCGGAACGGACGACUGCUCUACUACCUGGCCGGCGACGGCGCCGAGGACUUCUCCAUCGACGCGGCGCUGGGUCACGUCAAGGUAUCUGGCACGCUGGACCGCGAGACGCGCCCCGUAUACCACCUGGUGGCCCACGUGCAGGACCGCGGCCGGCCCGAGUGGGAGUGCACCAGUCGACUGACGGUCGCCCUGCUGGACGUGAACGACUGUCCGCCGCGCUUCCCCCAGUCAGUGGUGUCCCUCACCGUGCCUGAGGACACGCCCGUCAACAGCAUACUGGGACGGCUGCACGCCAGCGAUGACGAUCUGGGCGCGUCUGCCGAGCUCGAGUACAGUCUGGUGGACUCUGAGGAGAGCCAGCUGCUGCUGGACCCGCGCACCGGCGUCCUGACGCUGGCCCGGCCGCUGGACCGGGAGCAGCAGGCCAUGUUCAACAUCAGUGUGAUGGCCACUGACGGCGGCUCGCCGGCGCUCUCCGGCACCGCCGCCGUUAUACUGCUCGUGCAGGACGUUAAUGACAACGCGCCGGAGUUCACCAAGACCAUGUACCACGCCAGCGCGUACGAGAACACCACAGUCGGGACGGAGGUGCUCAAACUGCUGGCCACCUCGCGUGACUCGGGGGUGAACGCCGAGAUCAGCUACAGCAUUAUCGGCGGCAACGAGCACAACAUGUUCGAGAUCAACCGAAAAACCGGUAUCGUAUCGGUGACCGCCCAGCUGGACUUUGAGCGGGCCCGCGAGUACAUGGUGACCGUGGAGGCGCGUGACGGCGGCACGCCGCCGCUCAGUAACCACGCCACGGUGAACGUCACGGUGCUCGACUGUAACGACAACAUGCCCGUGUUCGGACAGGAGGUGUACAGCGCAGUUAUUAGGGAGGAUGUGCCCACUGGAGAACGCGUCCUGCAGGUACACGCGGCUGAUCUGGACGCGGGCACCAACGCGCGUGUCCGCUACUCGCUGACCGGGGGCGACCCGCACGGUCAGUUCGCCGUGGACUGUGACACGGGACAUGUCUACGUGAACACGCAGCUCGACAGAGAGAUGGUAUCCAGUUACGGUCUGGAGGUGACGGCCACAGACAUGGGAGAGCCGUCCCUCAGCUCCACCGCCCAGAUCAACGUGCAUGUCAGCGACGCCAACGAUAACCCGCCCGUCUUCAGCCAGGCCAAAUACGAGGCUGUCAUUCAGGAGGACAAGGCGCCGGGCCACGAGCUGCUGCAGCUCACCGUCACGGACGCCGACGAGGAGCCCAACGCCGGCCCGUUCACGUUCGAAGUGGCCGACGGUAACGCCGGCAACUGGUUCGUCAUCACGCCCGGCGGCCAGCUGCGCACGGCGGCCAAAUUCGACCACCGGCAGCGCGACACCUACCGGCUCCUGGUGCGGGUCUACGAUAACGGAGAGGACGUGCGGUUCUCUGAGACAUGGGUGGAUGUGAAGAUAAUCGAGGAGCCGCAGUACCCGCCGGUGCUGAUCCCUCUGCACGUCUCGAUCCAGUCCUACCAGGACUCGUUCCCUGGCGCCGUGGUGGGCCGGGUACACGCCUCCGACCAGGACCCGUACGACCGGCUCCAGUACAGCCUGACGGCCGGCCCCGGCCAGGCGGGACUGCAGCGGCUCUUUGAGCUCGACCCCGACGACGGGUCCCUGGUGACACUGGCCGGCAUUGACGCCGGUCUGUACCGUCUGAACGUGUCGGUGACGGACGGCAAGUUCACCAGCUACACGGACGUGACGGUCGAGGUGCGCGACAUCACCGAGCAGAUGGCCCGACACGCCGUCGGCGUCAAACUGGACGCCCUCUCGCCGUACGCGUUCGUCCUCAGCCACCUCAAAUCGUUCCGGCGCGCGCUGCGCAAACAGCUCAAAGUGCGCUCCAAGGACAUCCUGGUGCUGAGUGUCCAGCGCAGCGGCGGCGGCACUGGUCGGCGGCGGCGCGCCGGCGGCUCGCAGCCGGCGCUGGAGGUGCUGCUGGCGGUGCGCCGCGGCCCCGCCUGGAUGGAGCCGGCCGUGGUGCGGCGCCGUCUGAAGGCCGGCGCGGCGGCCAUCAGCCGACAGCUGGGCGUGCAGCUGCUCGAUGUGGACGCGGACGGGUGCGAGCCGAGCCCCUGCGGCGGCCACGGUGUGUGCUCCGACGUGGCCGUGUUCGAUCGGGAACAGGUGGUCAGCGUGGCCACUGACGUUGUGAGCUUCGUGUCGCCCCGCCACAGCCGGGAGGUCAGCUGCGAGUGCCACGUCGGCUUCGGAGGUGAGCUGUGCACGGACCUGGUGAACGAGUGCGGCCGCGCUCCGUGCGCCGACUACCAGCUGUGUAUCCCGGACGGCACGGCGUCCGGCUUCACGUGCCGCUGUCCCGAGGGGCGCACCGGUCCGCGCUGUGACCUACUGGCCUCCGAGUGCCGCGAGGGACAGUGCUACACCCCCGGAGCGCCCUUCUCUCUCAGUGGAGACGGGUUCGCCGAGUACCGGCUGAUGCAGGCGCAGCACAGCCGCUCCAGUCUGCGGCUCAGUCUGCGGACCCGCCAGCCGACCGCCACCCUGGUGUACGCGGCCGAUGGAGUCGAGUACAGCAUUCUGGAGCUGGUGAACGGCCAGAUUCAGUACCGGUUCGACUGUGGCAGCGGUGAGGGACUGGUCCUCGUGCCCGACACACAGUUCAACGACGACCGAUGGCACAACGUGGUCGUCAAGCGCUUCGGCAACCGCGCCGAGAUCCUGGUCGACGGGGACUUCGGGGCGCAGGGCGCGGCGCCGGGCUACUUUGACGUGCUCUCGGUGGCCAGCCGCCUGCUGUUCGUGGGUGCCGAGGUGGCGGUCCCUGCGGCCGGCGGCGCCGCCAGGGAGCCCCGGCGCGGCUUCACCGGCUGUCUGGAUAACCUGGAGCUGGACGGCGAGCGUCUGCCGCGGCACCGGGCCGACGGCGCCGGCUCGGCGCAGCUGGUGCGGACGGUGGGCGUGUCGGCCGGCUGCGGCGCCGCGCUGCCCGAGCCGGGUGUGUGUGACACUCAGCCGUGCCUGAACGGCGCCCGCUGCGCGCCGGCCGCCGACCGGCCCGGCGGCUUCAGCUGUCUCUGCGCGCCGCGCUUCUCCGGCGCGCGCUGCGAGGUCGACUCGGACCCGUGCGCCUCGGCGCCGUGUCUGAAUGGCGGCGUGUGCAGCGCGGAGCGCGCCGCGCCCGGAGGGUACCGGUGCGACUGCGCGGCGCGGCUGACCGGGGACCGGUGUCAGUACGGCCUGCACUGCGCGCCCAACCCGUGCCUGAACGGCGGCGCCUGCGAGGACGGCACGUUCGGGCCGCUGUGCAAGUGUCGCGGCUUCACCGGGCCGCUGUGCGCCGUGGACGUCAACGAGUGCCUGCAGAGCCCGUGUCGCAACGGCGCCACGUGUGUGAAUGUGCCGGGCUCGUUCCGGUGUCAGUGCGCGGCCAACUGGACGGGCCAGCUGUGCAGCCUGGCGGCGGCGCCGGCGCCGGCCGUGCCGCUCUCGGUCACCCUGGAGCACAUUGUCGGCCUGGUGGCCGUCGUUCUGGCGCUGUUCCUGCUGGCGCUGCUGAUCGUGUGCUGGCGGCAGUCGCGCCGGAAGCGCAGCCGCACGCCGCGUCAGCGUGCCGAUGGUCAGGACGCGUCCAACGAGAUCCUGCUGCAGACUCUGAAUUCAAAAAACCCGCGCGGCGAGUAUCAGCGGAUGUCCAAGGUGUCCAACUUGGAGGCCAACACUUCGGCCGCGGGGACGCUGCCGGCCCGUCCGGCGUCGUUCACCGGCGCAGCCAACAGUCGGCCCUCCGAGCCGCCCUACUCGACGCUCAACAAUCUGGACACCAUCCGCAGCUACGGCUCGGCGGCCGACGACCUGGACGUCGCGCCAUCCCACAGCGCGUGCCAGUACUUGCAGAACUUCAACAAGCCUACAGCGAGCGUGGCUCCGUCGAUGGCAGCGACAGCGUCUGACGUCAGCGCCUCCAACACGCUGGAGAAGACCUUCCGAGACAUGGACAAAAACAUCAAACCGUCCUACUACGACAUGCACAAGAUACAGAAUGACCAGACGGACCCUCAGCUGGCGGCGCUGAACCGAAUUCAGCUGCCACCGCUGGACAAGCCGCGACGAGUGGUCGGGGCCACCGCCCUGUCCUCACCCGACACCCCCGAGUACCACUGGGACUGCUCCGACUGGGCGGGCGCCACCAGUCAAACGCCGCUGCCCAACAUCACAGAGGUGGCCGGGUCAGAGGUCAAAGACUCGUCCAGUUACCAUAGCAACGAGAGCAACGAGAGCAACUCGGGCGUCCGCGCGCCCAUAGACGGCGCGGCGUGCGGCGCCGUCACAGACGAUGACGACGUCCUCGAAACACUCAACGAGGACCAGCAGUCGGACUACACGGCCGACGGCGACGGCGACGACAUCACGUCCGAUCUGGACACGCUGCCGGAGCCGACCGACUUCGACCGCAUCCUCUCCGAGCACGGCAUCGAGCUGGGCGCCUCCGUGUCGGAGCUGUCCUCUCUGGCCGGCGGCGACCUGGCCUACGGGCUGGCGGCGCACCCCAACCUCUACCUGCCGGCGCACAGCGGCGCAGAGACGACCGACAACGAGGCUGACACGCCGCUCCAGCGCCGGCUCGACAGGUACCGGUACCCGGCCCGGAACCGGAUGCCGCUCCGGCUCGGCACGUACGCCGAGCUGGAGUCGCUGACGGCCGGCAGUCAGAGCGAGGACGCCGGCCAGCUCUGCGACAUCGAGUCGGACGACGCCAGCUCCCGUAUCUGACGACGCGACCGGGCCGCCCGGCCGGCGGCGGCCCAGAUCUCAGAGAUAGGGCGUCCGGCGCGGGGCACAGAGCUCGUGGCCGCGCCUCGGCCGGCGCAGGGGGCGCUGGUGUGCGCCUGAAGGCAGCUGAGAGGACCGUCUCCGAAUCGCCGACCCGUGCGGAGUCGGUGAGACCGCGGAGUUAGUGGCCACGGGCCGGAUCACGAGGUAUUUGUUGUGGCGGGCCGAUACAGACAGGCCAGCCGCCGCCGACCUCUGGCCCUCAGUAGGACCACACAUACACCCUGUUCUGGUGGGUGCGUACGAGUCCGAACAGAGAUUUGCUAACCAUAGACGGGUCGCUGGGUGAGACAGUAUGUGCCAGACAGCGGCGAGUGACAUGUCGGCGCGUGGCCCGACUGAGUUUUAUGUGCGUGUGCGUCGGAUGAAGUACCAACGCCGCCGGUUGUGUGCGUGUCUGCCGACCCGACGAAUCUGCCUUGUCUGGCUGAAUUGUGAUGAGCUUUAGUCGUUUAUUGCCGCGGGUGGGUGAGAGAGGGGAGAGAGAUAGAGAGAGAGAGAGAGAGAGAGAGAGA